AUGGACAAGGCGAACAUUGUAGAGUGGCUUCAAGCCAAUGAAAUCAGGUUUCCAGGAAGUGCAACUUUAAGACAACUGCGCAAGCUUGCAUUGGAUGCCGGUUGCCAGGAUGCGGCUAAUAUCCCAGAAAGCCUAUUGGAGGAAGAAGAUGCCAAAAUUGAGGUUGUAAGCCAGCGGAGCGCUAGCGAAGACAUCGACGAAUUAGAAGAAGAAGAAGCACUACUUGACGCCGCCAUAAGGGUAGCUAAGAAGAAGAAGAUACUGGCCGAAUUAAUGCGAAACGACAGCAAGACUACAGAUGACAUUCGUAUGGUGAAACAGCUCAUGAUUCCGUUUUCUGCCACUGAAAAUGAGGAAGCCUUUAAGUGGAUUUUGGAUUUUGAGAGAAUCUGCAGAGAUGUUAACGAGUGUAAAAAUUUCCAAUUACGCUGCGUACGAAUGCUGAUGAAACCGGGAACAGAUGCCGACUUGUUCUUGCGUGUUGACCAAUCGAAUACUUAUGACGCAUUUAAAGAGAACUUUAUAAAAACAUUUGGUCGUGGUGCUGCUGACAUCGUAUUGCUGUUAAAGGAGACCAUUUUCAACCCGCUGAAAAACACUGUUAUGGGAUACAUACUUCUUAUGGAGGAAAUUGCUAUGCGUGCUAGCAUCGAAGAAAAAUUGACAGUUCAGCUUAUAAUUGAUCGUUUUCGCGAUCGUUCAGCCAAUAUCGCCCUAUUGUACACAGCAACAACAAUCGAAAAAUUGAAGGAGUUGGCACGGAAGUAUGAAAAUCUAACAAAGAAGUCCCAACAUUUUUCCCUCCGCUCAGAAAACACUAGAAAAGAUCGGAACACAAUCCGUUGCUACAAUUGUUCCGCUUAUGGGCAUUACGAUUCGUCGUGCACUGCGCCGAAGCGCGAGAAGAAUUCCUGCUUCCGCUGUGGAUCGCUCCAGCACAUGCUAAAGGAUUGCCAACAGAAGCCAGCAAGUAACCCAAAAAUGGUGGGAGCAGCCAACAACCAGCCGAUACGGGAUGACGAAGAGGAGCCAAAUAUGUUUAUUCCGAUUAUUAACCAGCGCCAUUAAUUUAAUUCAACACGCUGCCAUUCCUUAUAAAAACAUUAGCGAUGUAUUGUUUCCGACUGACUAUUGUGGAGUUAAUGGAUUUAAGAUUAAAACUUUCGGAAAAAUA